AUGUGUCCACAAGAUACGUCGUGGCAGCUCCCUCCCUCCCCGCGGGCCUGGGGGCGGCGAUCUCCCUGCCCGCCUCUUGGGGAGGGGCCGGGCGGCCGGCCAGCGCGCCUGGAGAGGGGACCGGGCUGCGGCGCCAUGGCUGCGCUGCAGGCGGCCAAGCGGGCUCUGCGCGCCGAGCUGAAGCGGCGCCUGGAGGCGCUGAGCGCGGCCGAGAAGCGCCGGCAGUCGCGGCUGCUGGGGGCGCAGCUGGUCGAGCAUCCCAAAUAUCGAGCGUCCCGCCGAAUCGCGAUCUAUCUGAGCAUGCCGGAUGAGGUCCAGACGGCAGAAAUAAUUAAGGACAUUUUCCAGCAAGGCAAGGAGUGCUUCGUGCCACGGUACAAGCCUUGCGGCAACCACAUGGACAUGGUGAAGCUGGCGUCCUAUGAAGAAAUCGCUUCGCUCCCCUUAACCUCCUGGAACAUCCAUCAGCCUGCUGAGAGCGACGCCCGGGAAGAUGCCUUGUCUGGGGCAGAUGGUCUCGAUCUCAUCCUAAUUCCAGGACUGGGCUUUGACAAAACCGGCAACAGACUCGGAAGAGGAAAAGGGUACUACGACACGUACCUCGAAAGGUGUACCCGCCACCCCAAAGGAAAACCUUACACCAUCGCCCUAGCUUUCAAAGAACAAAUCUGUGAUGUGGUCCCCAUGUCUGAAAAUGACAUAAAAGUCAAUGAAAUCCUGUUUGAACCCAACUAG